CAAACGCAGGAGGGAGACGACGGAGGGGGGGGGGGGGGUCGAGCCGGUCUCUCCCGCCGACGAUGACUUCAGCCUCCGCCAGCCGCGGCCCCAACUGCGACUGUCUUCUGCCCCUGGUGCGGACGGACGCGCAAGACGCGUGCUCCCGGCUGACUCCACGGAGCCCGCGCUUGGUCACACCAAGUAUGCACCUCAAACAACCAAGGCCAAGUUCACAAUUUUGAAGGACAGCAGCGGGUUACUUUCUGUGAUGACGAACCAGACGGAGUGGGCUGAAACAAAAUGGACAGAUCGCUCAAAUUCCUCAGCACAACUACCUUCACCAUCUUGGGGCAGCAAUGACUCCUUUUCUUUUCAAGGGGAUCUCCAGGAGAUAAUCCACACAGCCACUUUAGUUACAUGUACCUUCCUUCUGGCUGUCAUUUUCUGCUUAGGUUCUUAUGGCAACCUUAUUGUUUUUUUGUCCUUCUUUGACCCAGCUUUCCGGAAGUUCAGGACCAACUUUGAUUUUAUGAUCCUCAAUCUGUCUUUCUGUGAUCUUUUCAUCUGUGGAGUGACUGCUCCCAUGUUCACCUUUGCUCUCUUUUUAGAUUCUGAAGCUGGUAUCCCUGAUGCUUUCUGUUUUACCUUCCACCUUACCAGCUCUGGGUUUAUCAUCAUGUCCCUCAAGACAGUGGCUGUUAUUGCCCUUCACCGAUUAAGCAUGGUGUUAGGGAAGCAACCCAAUCGGACUGCCUCCUUCCCUUGCACUCUACUGCUUGCCCUGCUCCUCUGGGCUACAAGCUUUACUCUGGCCACUCUGGCCACCAUGAGGACCCAUAAAUCUCAUCUUUGCCUUCCAAUUUCCAGCCUGAUCAGUGGUGAGGGAAAGAUCAUCCCUUACUUGUAUGUUAUUGAUUUCAUCUGCUGUGUGACAGUGGUUUCAGUUUCUUAUAUCAUGAUAGCACAAGCCUUGAGGAAAAAUGCCCAAGUGAGAAAAUGUCCCCCCAUCAUCACAGUUGAUGCCUCCAGGCCUCAUCCUUUUGUUGGAACACUUGCUACUGGUUAUGCUGAUGGGGUACAGUGUGCUGUGCCAGCUCUGUAUAGAAACCAAAACUAUAACAAACUGCAACACAUCCAAACACAUGCCUACAUGAAGAACUUUGGACAUCUCUCUGCAUCUGCAGCCAGCAGAUUCCAGUUGGUGUCCAUGAUUAAUUUGUCCACAGCCAAGGACUCUAAAGCUAUUGUGACUUGCAUUAUUAUUGUCCUUUCUGUUUUAGUUUGCUGCCUUCCAUUGGGCAUAUCUUUGAUACAGGAAGUUUUGUCUAGGAACAAUGGCAUUGUGCUUUAUCAAUUUGAGCUGUGUGGAUUUACACUCUUUUUUUUAAAGUCUGGAUUGAAUCCUUUUAUAUAUUCCCGUAACAGUGCUGGUUUAAGGAGGAGGGUCCUUUGGUUUAUACAGUAUUUGGCCUUUGUUUUUUUCUGUUGUAAACAGAAAACACGGCUUCAAGCUGUUGGUAAAGGGGGUCUGGAGGCCAACAGAAAUAAAUCAUCUCAUCAUGAGACCAACUCAGCUUAUAUGCUUUCUCCAAAGCCUCCCAAAAAGUUUGUGGACCAAGCGUGUGGCCCUAGUCGCUCUAAAGAAAGUGUGCUGAGUCCUAAAGCUUCUGUUGGCCAUUAUCAUCAUGGAGGAGGGCAGAGUAGUUCCACCCCCAUGAAUACCCGCAUUGAACCUUAUUACAGCAUUUAUAACAGCUGCCCUUCUCAGGAAGUGAGCACUCCCAAUAGCUUGCAACCAACAAACUCCCCAUUCAGAUAUGCCAACUCCUACAUUGCCAUGCAUUAUCACCCAACAAAUGACUUAGUGCGGGAUUUUGACAGUACUUCUGCUAAGCAGAUACCAGUGCCCUCAGUGUAGCUGGUGGGAGCCAGCAGCAUCCAAUGUUCUACCACAGUGGUGGCUAUUCUACCUUGGCAAGUUGUGCCAUGAGUCAUCCAUAGGAUGUAUCGCUAUUGUAUAUGCAUGAAUGUUCAGCCCCUCCAUGCAUUAAGUUGGUUUUGCUCCAGUCAGGCAGCAGCUGGGCUAGGAAAGAUAGGACUGCAAGUUUCAUGCCUUAGCCAGGCUUCUAAGUUCUGUAUGUGUCUUGCAAAUUAAUAUCCCAUAUUCUGCCUGUUUCAUUAGUAGUGUUUCUCCUUUUAAA